UGCACGGAGAGGAAUGAAGAGAAAAGAGAAGAAGAAAACAUUUCCAUAAAAGAAAAAAAAAAGAAGUAGAGACGACUCUGAGCUUGGCGCGUGCGUGCGUGCGUGCGUGCACGGAUCGCAUUUAUCUGGGAGAAGAACAAUAUGAAUAAAUAAAUAAAUACAUAGGAAUAAUUAAUAUUUUUGUAAUAAUAGUAAUAAAUAAAAAAGAGCAGAGUCGUCCUGCCGUCUGUGUCCACGGGAAUACACGAGGAUGGAGCGCGAGGGAUGACGGGCGGAGAGCGGAGGGCGACGGCACGCGCGUGUUCGGAUGCGCAUCUGCGCAGUUUCUCCCGCGUGCACGGAGUUUAUCCUGCUGUAGACCACCGCAGAAUCGCUCGAGCACAUCCGUUUCAUAGUCUCGCGCUGCACACGGACCGUUCUAGUGCUUUUGGUUUUUUGGAUUUGGCUCACACACACACACACACACACUCACACACACGCACACACACACACACACCGCUGUCUCGUCUCGGUAUCACUGGAUCGCUUUAUUUUUCUCCACACUGAUAAGGAUCGAUUAAGGAUGCUGGAUUAAGGAGCGCUGGUUUUUUUUUAUUGUGUUUUUUUUAAUGCAGAAGGAAAUGCAUCCCUCCAUCUCUCCGUUACGAGUUUAGAAGUCUCGUGCGAGGCGAGGCGGAGAUCCGGUGCGCAUUUCUGCGUCUCUGCGGUGGAGAACUCGAGCGGGAUUUGUGCGACUGCCUAUUUUUAAUCCUCCUGAUUGAUGCGAUCCCGUUCUGUUUGGAAAAUAAUUACUACAGAUCAACACCAAGGGUGGAGAAGGAGGAGAAGGAGGAGGAGGAGGAGGACGGAACUUCAGCGCGCGAGACCGGCCUGGAGAGGUCUGUAUGAGCGUAAGUAACACAACAAACGUUGGAUUUCAGCUUAGGAAGACAGAUUUGCUCAAGAACUCCUUCUUUCCAAGCUGGAAUCUUGUGACAACAUUUCAACAUGGCGGCUAAAUUGCAAAGAGCUCAGAUGGUUCUCUUGGGACCUGCACUCUGUCUGAGGAGGUGGCAUUAAUCUUACUACCCAGAAUUUCCUAGGAGAAAACAUGAUGAGAUGAGUGACACAGGAAGAGCCUUCAUCUCUGGACGAGGAAGCUGAUAAACCAUGGAGCGUUUCAUUUUUUGCAUGAUGCUGUUGGGGGUUCUGGUGCGAGGACAGCAGUGCCCAGGCCGAUGUAUCUGCCAGACCAUCUCACCCACCCUGACCUUGCUUUGUGCAAAGACUGGACUCCUGUUUGUUCCGCACACUAUUGAUCGCAAGACCGUAGAGUUGAGGCUAACGGACAACUUCAUCACAGCUGUCCGUAGGAAGGACUUUUUAAACAUGACGAGCCUGGUGCACCUGACACUGUCCCGCAAUACCAUAAGCCAGAUUGCACCUCAUGCUUUUGUUGGACUCAAAGCAUUAAGGGCACUUCACAUGGAUGGGAACCGACUGACUGAUAUAAAGAAUGAUCAGCUGAAAGGUUUGGUCAACCUUCGGCAUCUCAUCCUGGGGAACAACCAAAUCCACCAUAUAGACCCUUCCUCCUUUGACGAGUUUGUAUCAACUAUUGAGGAUUUGGAUUUGUCUUACAACAACCUGAGGACGUUGCCAUGGGAGGCUAUUGCCAGGAUGACCAACAUCAACACGCUAACUUUGGAUCACAAUCUUAUCGAUCACAUAGGAGCUGGAACUUUCACGCUGCUUACCAAACUGGUCAGAUUGGACAUGACGUCCAACCGUUUGCAGAAGCUGCCCCCAGACUCCCUCUUCCAGCAUGCGCAAGUGCUGUCUGAUCCUAAAGGUACCUCUAGUUCCUCUAAACUUACGGUGAGUUUUGGUGGGAACCCACUCCACUGCAACUGUGAGCUUUUGUGGUUGCGCAGGCUCACCCGAAAGGACGACCUGGAGACUUGUGCCUCACCUGAGCAACUUAUGGACAAGUAUUUCUGGUCCAUUCAGGAGGAGGAGUUUAUCUGUGAACCCCCACUCAUUAUCAAGCACCAGGUCACUAAGCCAUACGUCAUGGAAGGCCAAGGUGUUACGCUCAAGUGUAAAGCCAUGGGUGAUCCAGAUCCUACAAUUCACUGGCGCUUUCCUGAUGGAAAGCUGGUCCACAAUAACUCACGUACCAUCCUGUAUGAUAAUGGAACUCUGGACAUCCUGAUUACAACCCUGAAAGACAGUGGGGCGUUUAACUGUGUUGCCUCCAAUGCUGCUGGAAUUGCCACAGCAGCUGUAGAGAUAAACAUGAUCCCAUUGCCAUUGUUCGUCAACAACACUAGUCACAUGAAGGAGGCUGACCCUGGCUUGUCUGACAUCACCACCUCCACCAAAUCUGGCAACAAUGACACCAAGCAACAGGACAAGAGGGUGGUGGUGGAUGAGCUGACCUCCAAUUCGGCCAUGAUCCACUGGCCCUCAGAGCGACACAUUCCUGGAAUAAGGAUGUACCAGAUCCAGUAUAACAGUACUAUGGAUGACACUCUGGUCUACAGGAUGAUUCCACCAGAGAGCAAGACAUUCCGGAUCAAUGACCUGGCGGCGGGACGUGAGUAUGAGUUGUGUGUUCUUGCCGUGUAUGAUGACGGCAUCACGUCCCUCACCGCUACACGUGUGGUGGGCUGUGUCCACUUCCGUACCGGGCCUGAGGCGGGACAGUGCCAGUUUGCUCAAGCACAGUUCCUGGGUGGGACCAUGAUCAUCAUUAUUGGUGGCGUCAUUGUUGCCUCUGUGCUCGUCUUCAUUGUCAUCCUGAUGAUCCGAUACAAGGCGUAUGGCACGGCUGAUGCCUCCAAAAUCAAAGGUGGAAUGUCUGGAAGUGCCCACCACUCCGGUCGUGCCACGUCAAAAAAACAGGAGCAUGUGGGCGAGUCUCCAGUCGGUACAGAUUGCCAUGCUAUUGCGCUGCUUAGCCUUGAGAAUGAGACUCGGGAGGAAGCAAAGGCACUGACGCCACCGGUUAACCCAGAGGUGGCAGCUAUGGCUCUCGUACCUGCUCCUCCCAUCCCACCAUCCCGCAGGGCAAGUUUAGGAGCCCCACCUUCAGAUGAUAACCAGACAGACAGCAGCCUGACAGGCUCCACCAUGUCACUUUGCCCCAUGGGCACCAGUACAAGCGACAGGGACAGGAAGCGGACGCCAGUGGCCAUUGGGUUGCUGCCUGGUGAGCUGGCGAGGGCAAGGCACCGCUUCUCAUUUGAUGGGGACUACACGCUCUUCCAGAGCCACAGCUACCCGAGACGGGCCCGUGCCCGCCGCCACAAAUCCAGCUCGCAGCUUGAUGUCUCGCCUCCGACUGAACGUCGCAUCACGUUCAGUAGCAGCACUGAAUGGAUGCUCGAGAGCACAGUGUGAAUAACUGAAUAACACGUACACAGUGGGGUCCCAAACUCCGAGUUCACUACAAGCAACUGUCUUUAUUUCAUCAGUUAUCCCGGGUCAAUUCAAUUUCAAUAAAUUUCCCAAACAAGAUCACUAAUAUUGUUUAUUAGUGUUCACCAAUUCACUAAAACAAUCCCAGACUAGACUUAGACUGGAGGGGAUUGUGGGGUUACUUUUUUAUACUCUCAUUUCUGACCAUUCCAGCAGACACUGUUGAUCAAUCCUGCCUGCUCCCACAACUGUCUGAUUCUAUUACCUAGACCAGGAAAGGGCAGUUACUGAUAAUGGGUUAAUAAAAGCAGUAAAUCUGUCCUGCAUUGUAAACACAUUCAAUUUAAAAAAAUGUGACUAUGUUAUUAACCGACUUCUGUCAACAAAGUAAAAACUGCCCGCUGCUGUGACUUUUUUUACUGGGUCUUACAGGAUCCCGGUCCAACUACACACCUCCCACUAUAACACCAGUCGUGCAACACCAGUUCAGUCUUAUGUCAUUUGUGACAUUAUUCCUGAGCCACUUGAAAAUCCCAUCCCGACCCAUUUCUCAACUCGUGUCAAUCAAAUCCCUCGACACUGCAAUCUUGCAGGACUCACUAUGUUUGCUUCACUGCCAGUUGCCAUGGUUUCAGCAUGAUAUCCACACAAGCUAGCUAAUGUAUGAAGAAAGAUAAAAAACCUACAAAUUGGACCACGAAUGUUCAACCAAAAUAGCAAGUCCGAAAGCACAUGUUUGUGUGCAAAAUGCAUUGGUACAGUAUAAUGACUAACUGUCUUAAAAACAGGUUUAAGUGGUUUAAUGUUCAAAAAAUGAGAUGGUGAAAACACUAAUGUGGGUAAAAAAGCAAAGCUUCAGCUACUGAUUUUAACAGUAAAGCAAAGAGUCCCAGUGACCAGCUCAGGAUCUCAAGUCUUUCACAUUUGGGGGAAAAAAAUUAAUGUCAGUGUUAAAGUUAAAAUUUGCACAACGUUUUUUGGUACAUUUAGCAGCUGUGGAUUUCCAAUGCUUCAGUCAUUUUCUUGGAUGCUACAGCAGACAUUUUGUCAAUAUUCACAGAAUGCUUUUAUUUUUCUUGUUUGUUUGUAUCAGCUAAAUUCUGGUAUUGGAGCAUUUGCAAGGGGCUCAGACACUGGAACAGACCUGAAACCAUGAAGAGGAAUAAUGCAAGUGGUCGAUAUAACAAAUAAAAAAGACAGUAAAAUGUUAAAGGAUUUUCACAUGAGCGGCAAUUUCACUGUUGAUCUGCUUAAAAUUCAGGAUCGCAAAUAUCAUUUUUACUUUUGAAUUAUUGCGAAAUGUUAAGAGUCGACAUUUUGUCGAAGGUCAAAUAUUUUGGCAUUUUUUUAUACUUUGAUGCACAACAGCUUUUGGUGCUUGUCUUAUAAAUCUAGCUAACUGAUGUUAACUGUAAACGUGUUUAAUAUUAACAAAGUCAUUCGUAGAUUGUUUGGAUUUUAUAUUAAUAAACUCAAAACAUUUUCUAUUCUCCGUGCAAGAAAGCGACAAGGCCCUGUCAGUAGAGCGAGUGAGAAAAUCGAGUUGAGAUGAAACAUUA